GGAGGCGUAAAGCUUCAUCGAAAGCAACUUUCAUCACUGCAAGCCGAAUCUCAGAAACACUGUCAAACACUACCGAUCACGCCAACGGCAACUGCUUGUCACAGACACCACUCUAACAUGAACGCCUUCACGAGCACUAUGCGCCGCUCUGCAUCCCGGGGGUUCUCCACUGAAGCUCGUGUCCAUCCCAACAUCCUUCCCUACCUACACAACACGCGCCGAACAAGCAUGGUGCCUCGAUGGAUUCCAUCAACGAUCGCCGUCAUCGCCGUCGGCUACGCCGCCAGCAGCUACGGCAUGGGCAUGAGCCAACGCCGGUCCGCCCGGCUCGCCGAGAUGGAGAGACAACAGGCAGAGAGCCGCCUCCGGGCAUCAAAGCUGAUGGACGCCUACGGCGACGGCACCAGUCUCGAGAGCCUUGAACGGGCAGUCGCCCUGUACGAGGCCCAGAACCGGUCAUGAAGACAUGACCACCACGAGACAGAAACAGAGAGAGAGCACGACGAAUGGGGGGGACAUCAGCAGCGUUGACAUCAUGAGGAGUUUCUUUACGGGCGGCAUUCAUUGCAAGGCGUUUCUGGGCAGCACACGGCGCUGUGCUUUCACUGCUACCCGGGCUACGGGCAGCUUCGGAUGGGGAGGGGAAGACGGAGAGGAUAGGGCGGCUGUCGGUGCAUAACUGUACAUCACGAUGAUAUCUAGGGAGCGAAA